GGCGGGACCGUGGAAGAAAUGGAAGGGGCUCCUCGUGGCAGGAGGCCCGGCCAGGAGCGCCCAGGGAGACAAGGUCCCUCGCACGGGGAAGACCAAGGCCUUCACUCCACGGGAAACCCGUCCUUUCAAGGGAAGCGAGAAGAUCGCCAUCCCCGUGAGAGGCGCGGAGAGAAGGGCAUCCUGGAGACCGCGGAGGGCGCUCGCAGCAGCCCAGCCACAGGGAUCACCAGGCAGAGCCAGGUGGCCGAGGGCUCCAGGCACAAGCGGGGCAGAAGCCCCGAUGACCCCCCUGGCGGUCGCCACCAAGAAAAUGGACUCGGAGAAGAGGAGGUGAGGAGACGACCAGCCCCACCUCCCUGCAGACGAAAGGACCAGCCUGAUCGCCCCAGAGCAGGACGUCAGGGCAGAGGAGGUUCCGCCCGCUCGGCCCCGCCCCUCCGGGACAGGAGGACCCCGCCCAGGUCGCCAGUGAGGACCGCCGGCCCCCGGCGCUGCGACCACAGCCUGGAGGCCGGGCCCGCCUCCCCAAAGCGCCUCCGCCGCCGCAGCCUCCUGCCGCCUCCGCCACACGCCCGCGCGCCCCCGGCCGAGCUCCCUUCCAGGCUCCUCACCCACGUGGGCGCGCUCGAGGUGGCCCUGGGCGAGCUGCGGGCUCCGGGGGGCGCCUUCCUGCCGCGGCCCGCCCGCCCCACGCAGCCCGCCGCCUCGCAGCGCGCCUGGCUCGGCUGGCAGCUGGCGCACGCGGGGGCCACCCUGCACUGGGCGCUCGCGGCGCUCGACGCCCUGCUCGCGGCGCAGCCCCGGCCCGCCUGCCCGCGGCCCUCCCUGCCCGCUGCCGGGGCUCCCGCGGCCCUAGGGGGCGCGCCCGGAGCCGGGGUCCUCGCCCUUCCCGGGCCCGCCCCCCUCUGCCUCGGAGUCACCCGGACUCUGCCCUCCCAGCUCCCCGUGCCAGGGUCCCUGGCGGCAUCUGGCACACUCAGGCCACGAGCUCACCCCAUCGGCACCACACAAACCCUCCCGUCCGGGAAACCAUUUUAG